AUGCUUAUCAAUCAUUUUUUCAAAUCCAACGAGUCCUUCAGCUAUGAAGCACUUCGAGCUGCCGGCUAUAGCAACUAUGGCGGUGCAGAUCUUGGUGAAGUGAUAGCUAUCUGCUCCAAGAUCCGGCCUGGGAACGAAGAAGACUGGGUGCGCGAAUGGCAGAAAGCUGCGGAACGUUCAUUCUCUUAUGCAGAGCACUCGGAAUCGGUGCAAAACAAAGAAAGUGCCUACCAUGGAUACCUUCGCGCAUCGAACUACUUCCGUACAGCCGAGUUUUAUCGCCGAGAAAAUGUCGACGAAGACAAAAUAUCACAUUUCCUAUAUGAAAGAUCGGAGACUGCAUUUGUAGAGGCGAUGAGGUUGUCUACAUUUGCCUAUGAGUCGAUUCGCAUUCCCUACGAAGGGACAUCAUUACCAGGAUACUUUGUCAGUCCUGACAACACCAAAGCGCCACGACGCACAAUUAUUUUCAACGGGGGUUAUGACUCAACAAUGAGUGAAGGGUGGUUUGCGAUUGGAGCAGCUGCUCUAGCAAGAGGCUAUAACUUCCUCGCCUUCGAUGGCCCCGGACAAGGUGCCGCUAUCCGACGACAACAUUUGCACUUCCGACACGACUGGGAGAAUGUGCUCACCCCUGUUGUCGACUAUGCUUUGACUCGCAUGGACAUCGACCCCAAUGCCAUAGUCAUUUUUGGAUGGAGCAUGGGUGGAUACCUAGUAGCACGAGGAGCUACGCAGGAGCAUCGGGCCCGGGCUCUCAUCCUAGAUGAUGGCGUGUACGACUUUGGUUCUGCAUUCCGAGCCCACCAACCGUCCUUCAUUCAAAGGCUGGUUGAAAACAAAUACGACUUGAUUUACAAUGGGAUAUUCCACUGCGUGCAAUCCUUUUCGACUGGGAUUCGGUGGGCUUUGCGCAACGGGAAAUGGACGUUCGGUGUGGAAUCUGCUGCAGAACUGAGUCGCGCUGUCAACAAAUACACUUUAGAGGGGAUUAGUCAAAAUAUUGAGACACCGUGUCUGAUAAUUGACGCAGAGAAUGAUCACUUCCUGAAAGAUCAACCAGAGGUGCUUCGGAAGAAUCUGCACUGCGAAAACAAACUUGUCAGUCUGCGAGCAGACGAAGGUGGAGACACGCAUUGUCACCAAGGAGCCUUCUUUCGAUUGCAUCAAGUUGUCUUCGAUUUCCUGGAACCACGCCUGUCCCCAGAUGGAAAAAUGUAA